CAUGUCGCGUCGGUGUCCCGACUCAGCUCCGAGUGCAUCUGCUGCUCGUCAAGAGCCUCAGUGACCGGGCCUUCUUUUUAUAUUGCUGCCUCCCUCUUAGGCCGCUCUUUCUGCCCGCCUCGCGCCUCUGGCUGGCCGGUCCAUGCGCCAGGUGUUGCCGAGAGAACUCGGCCGCCGACCGCGCAGCAAGCGAGUCUGACGAGCCCAAGUUGGGGCUCCCGGCAGCUUCUAGAUAACGGCCGGCACGUAGAUGUCCUACGGCCAAUUCGGAUACUCCUACCCCGCAUCGUCACAGUUGCUGGUGUCCGGCGGCGCGUCCUCGCCCAGCUGCGCCGAGCCGUCCUCGGGCGCCUCUUCGACGUCAAGCGGGAGCGGCGGCGCUGGCGGCGGCGCGCCCGAAAGCCCCAUGGCAUCCGAGCAGCCCGUUUGCUACGAACCAUCCCGGUUCUUGUAUCCGCGGCUGGCCACGGGCCUCGCCGUCAACGGCCUCUACCCGCCCUCGUACGCCGACCAGUCGGGAUACGUGGCAGCACUGGGCACCAGCUCAGCAGCUUUCUACCCUUCCCUGGACAACCGGGCAACCUGGGGAACUAUUCCUCAAGCGGCGGCUGCUUGCUAUCCAUAUGACCCUGCUCUGGCUGCCUACAGCCCCUAUGGCGACAGGUAUGGGGCAAUGGAUAGUGCAGCACGGCGAAAAAACGCUACACGAGAGACAACCAACACGCUGAAAGCCUGGCUGUAUGAACACCGCAAGAACCCGUACCCAACGAAAGGAGAGAAAAUUAUGCUGGCAAUAAUCACAAAGAUGACUCUAACGCAGGUGUCCACGUGGUUUGCGAACGCUCGGCGGCGACUCAAGAAAGAGAAUAAAAUGACGUGGGAGCCGCGUAACAAGAACAAUGAAUCUGGAGACGACAAGGCGGAUGGUGGGGCGUCCGAUACGGACAACGACUGCGGUGACAAGGUGGAAAGCGAAGCUCAAAGGGACAUCAAACCAGAAUUACAAGAUGCCGAACUUGACGCAAGAAAACCUGUCAUGGAGCGUGGUGAUGCUGGCUGCCUGGAUUUGCAGAGCUUGACACCACACGGAGGCGGCCAUGGGUCACUGUCGACGCCAACUUUUUCGUCCUACUCAAGCAAGAACAUCCCUGUGGCGAACAAUAGCAGUAACCACAGCGUUCACGACACAUCUUCGGACGAUGGCAGCGGGCCCAUCUCACCGAGGAUUCAACGUUCCUCUCUGCGUCACCACGGCGCCUAUCACGAUGACCGCUCAUCGGGAAACUCUCUAGUCAUUGUGGACCCUCUGGAAGGUUCUCGACCAAAGAUAUGGUCACUGGCGCAAACUGCCACGUCAGACAGCCCACCCGGUAUGCGCCGCUCACCGGCUCCGCCACUCAACGAUCGCUAUGGUUUUCAGCAAAGACUAGUCAGCGAAGCCAACGCUGGAACGGCAGGGGCAACAUCUGGCUACUACCGCGACUUACACACGGAUCCGAGCUUCAUGUCCACGACACAGCCCCUACAUGCGCAGCUGGGCCACCAAAGUUCUAAGCAGUCUGCAUCCUGGAUCAAUGGCCACUCUCCUAUGGCUCCAUCAUCAGCAUCUUCAGCCGGCCACACUGACGUCCUGAACCUGACCCCCGAAGGGUCGCCGACUUCCUACGUCUUGAGCCGCCCGAGCAUGGGCUGCAUAUCUCCCCAGCCACCGCAGACAGCGUUAUCGACAGUUGGAAGGAGGUUUGCCCUGGCGGAGGAGAAAGAAUCAGCAGCGGCACGCCACGAACAGUGCUUGGUGAAACCGGAAGGCAGCGUGUACGAGACAAACGUGCAUGACAUGGCCGUCGCAGAGGGGGCGAACUUUUGCCGGAGACAGGCUCUGAUGACACUUCAAGGGAGCUGCCUCACAGAAGCUGCCACCUCAGCAGCGCUGGCUGCUUCUCGGCUUCCGGUCCACUCGACCUACAUGACUGCUGGAGAGAAGAUCGAGAAAGGUAAAGUUGGAUCUGCGCACUUGCAAACUUCAGGCAUUGGUGGCGGAAAUUCAAACUCCUGCAUGUCCAACAGCACAGCGUUCAAGCCUGUUCCUAAGAGUGACGUCAAGUCCAUCUGACAAGAAGAAAGUGGUACGGGCAGCACCUUUUGGCUUCAAGAUGAGUUCAAGGCGAGCGUUCCGCAGGAGAGCUUCUAGAAGCAACGUACGCAACGUAGCCCCACCAUCCUUUAGACGCUCCUCCUGGUGGCCCUUGUGUGUCUGCAGUGGAAGAGAGCUGGUGUUGCGCAGAUAGUGUUCCGAUAGAAAAGCUUCGGCGGACUUGUGCUGUGAACUUACGCCACUGCUUGCUCGGAGUUCUGUGGAACAGUGCGCAAAAACUGCCAGUGGGUCGUAGUGUUUCCCAUCGGCUCAUCGUCGAAAGUGGCAACUGCUUAUUUCUUUCUUUUCACAGGGCCCGUCCCGGCAACACAUCAUGUUCAUCCAGGCAGAAGAACGGGGCUUUUCUACUGCUCGAGAUGCCACGCAAAUACUAAAGUGCUCCACUGGCAACAGUGAAACACACCUCUAGUGCACGAACUCGAUACAAGAACGCGCUGGAGACGUAGCAGUGGCGGCUCUGUUCAGCAUUCUACAUGCACUGACAGUCCUUGAACGUUUAGUGCCGACUUGAGACAAGUGUGAUACAACGCCUGCUUGAAUUUCAUUCGAGCUCUUGUGAGCGUCUCUAUAUUUUUUUUUUUCGUACGUUUAUUUCUUCACUCUUAUGAUUCACAACACGUCACUUUCAGCAGGUUUAUUGUGACAGCGGCGGGAAAUUUGCACGAGAAUCCAUAAAAGAGCUAAUGUUUUUCGUUCAUUUUUAAGCUUACUUUCCGCCCUCCGAACCGAGUUGUUUCAUAAGUAUAUACAUGCAUAACAUUCAAUCUGCACGCGAACAAUCGACAUGUGGCGAUCAUUGAGAAACGUAUAUAUAUAUAUAUAUAUAUAUAUAUAUAAUAAUAAUACCGCUUUUUAAGUAUAACAUGUUGCUGCUGGAGUUCAAAGUUGAUGUGUUUUUGUGUAGGUUUAGCGUUUUGUACAUAAUAUACAUACUUGCGGGCUGUAUUAAAACCUAAUACGCUUGUGUACAUACAUGUAUUUGAGGGAUGGUUGCUGUAAACAAACGUGCUAUGUACUGCACCAAUGCUCUCACUUUAAGCGUUGCUUUUUAUUGUUCUAACCAGAUUAUCGAAGGCAAGGGCAUUAGGGAAUGAUGUUUGCCCGCAUAUUUUCAGUAGCCCUGGCUAUACGCCGGUGACGGCAACUUCAAGCAGCUCUGAGAAUUGUUGACAGACGCGCCUGUGUUUACCCCUCCCUAUGCACUCCCCAUAAAGGAAGCUUACUGGAGCUCAACACUAAUGCAAUCAACUUCUUCUUGUGCUGUGAACCGAAAUAAUCGAAACGUGCAUUGGUUUACGCUUAGCACUAGAGAUGUUCCUGCUCGAGAGUAUUGAUGCUGAAAACCAAGAGACUUUGCGACAGAUCACUAACAUAUAGGUUUCGUUAUUGAGGCUUUGAUUUGUAUGUAGUACCUAAGAAUGAUGGCUGAAGUAUCAGAGUUAUUGUCUUUACUGCCACUUUUGUGCAAUUUCUUUUGUUUUAGUCUUCCUGAAGUACAACACGGCAAGCAGAAGAUAGUCACAUAGUUGAGGUAUAAUUUGUUGAAUACUGUCUUCAGGUCUCUUUUUUGCGCAAAGAAGCUUAUACGUGUUACAGUGGCUACGUUUACGGUGUUAGUUUUUUUUUUCCUUCAAAGAAACCGGGUCAUGAGGCGUCCCUGUUUUCAUAAGAUGGUUGCAUAGGACAAGGCACCAGAAAGCAUAAAGGCACUUCGAAGUCCACAGCAGUGAAGUAACCUUCUGCACGGCUUCACCGCCUUGCGGCAAAGUGGCCUCUGCAGGCGUAACGACAGCUAGCUCUGCAAAAUAUUUAUCGCGAGGCUUCAAAGGCUUCUCAAAGAUGCGCGUCUAGGAAAACUCAGCAUCAAGGCUCAAGGAAAGUCUAUUUCACUGGAAUAAUCACUGCAUCCAUUGCAACCAUAAAAAAAAAAUAUGUGGAUUUCGCCUUAUUCUGUUCCUCAACCACUGCCUUGCCUCCUGUAAAACUGUCGCUUUCUCUGCGGUUUCCUAGUCACGAGAGACCCAUGCUUCGAUUUUAGGACUUCACCACCACCAGCCUCAGUGCUGGUUUGACAGUGAUGACGAAACAUCGGCCGAUGCUCAC